CCAAUAGAGAGGAGUGGAGCGCGGACCCCGUCCCCUCUCCCCUUUGGCGCUGGGCGCGCUCCCUCUCUGGGCGGAGCCGGGGCGGGGCCUGAUGUCAAGUUCCCCUCCCUGGUCGGUCGUAAACUCUCGUCCCGGGUUGGAUUCCCUCAGCGCCCGAUAUACGGGUGCCCCCCCCUCCUCCUCCACUCCCCAGGCGCUUUUUAGAGCGAGUGGCUUUUUUCCUCGCCUCUGCGUCGAUGUCUCGCCGUGCCCGCGCCUGGCUCUGCCCUCUUGAGAGGGGUCGACCGGUGCUUCGCCAAGUUUGCCCCUCCCUGCCCCGCGAUUAAAGGCGCUUGUGCCUCUGCCGUUCCAGCCCCGCUUGUCGGAGCGGACCGUCUUGUCACCUCCGUCGAGCAGCUGUGGCUUAAAAGAAAAGCUUACCGGCACCUCGCUUUUCUUGCGCAAGCCGGCAGGAGCAAAUUCACCCAGGCGCAGCUUCCCCGUUACUCAACCUGUUAGCCCCUUUACCUGUUGAAAACUGCCUGUUACACAGGAGGUAACCGGCUAGAAGGAAAAAGGUGUUUGUUUUUUUAAAGCUUGCACGAUAUCGCCAUAAGUGUUCCCAAAUGUCAAUGAGAUAAGAUUCUUUAUUCCAUAAAGGAGUCUCGGUUCCUGUUAUUUGAGAUUUCACUGGCCCUCUUACUUGAAAUAGAAAUCUAGGCUUCAGGGAGCAUUAAAUAUGGCAAAAAGUUUGAAGCUUAGUUACAGCAUUUACCUAUUUCUGACCCCUCUGAUCUAAGUGUAUAAAUAGGAGAAAAGGCUACAAAGUUGAAUAGAGUAGGCCCACCUGCAGUAACUUCUAAGAGAUGCAUUAAAAAAACCUGUAAAAGGUAAAUUUACAGUUGGUAAUAUUUACAAUUAAAAAUUCACAGAUGAAUUUUUAAAUAUAAUUAUAAGUAUUAUUUUAUUAUACAGAAAGAACCAUAUAUAACAAUGAUGUUUAUUUCACUGUUAGAAUUUUUAAAGGUUUUCCAAAUUUUCCAAAAUAUUUUUUUAUAUAAAAAUAUUUUUAAACAAUUCAUUUCAAAAUUAUCAACAAGAAGUUUUUCUUAGGUCAGUAGGAUGGGAAAUUACAAAGUAACAUGAAAUAGGAAAUUUCAAAACAGGUUCUUCAAACAUCUUUGCUAAAGUUGAGCCUAAAAAAAUUUCUUUGACAUGAAUUAGCAAUAAACUUUUUCCCAAACGAAGUGAACAGCAGGAUAGUAGCAAUUGUACACGUGCUGUAAUAAUUCUGAGUUUAAAAUAAUGUACAAUAUUUAGUACUCAGGAUGAGUAAAUACAACUUCAGAAUCAAAUGCAACUUUUCUCUGAAAAUUAUUUAUAUGGUAUAACAGUUUGUCAUAGCUGUUGUCUUCAUGUUCUGCUCAACUUGUCAGAGGAAUCUAGCUAGCAUUUGUGGCAAGAAUCAAUUGGACUAGAUCCAAUGAAAAGUUUUUUUAAAAUUCCUAACCAGUUCAUCAAUACUUGCUGGCUUAUGUAUUGAAUAGAGUAGGCUAGGGUAGGGUAGAGUAGACUAGGAAUAGGAAUAGGAAUAGGAAUAGGAAUAGGAAUAGGAAUAGGAAUAGGAAUAGGAAUAGGAAUAGGAAUAGGAAUAGGGAGAGUUAGAACGAACCUUGGAGGUCUUCUAGUCCAACCCCAUGCUUAGGCAGGAAACCCUACACCACUUCAGACAAAUGGUUAUCCAACAUCUUAAAAACUUCCAGUGUUGGAGCAUUCACAACUUCUGGAGGCAAGUUGUUCCACUGAUUAAUUGUUCUGUUAGGAAAUUUCUCCUUAGUUCUAAGUUGCUUCUCUCCUUGAUUAGUUUCCACCCAUUGCUUCUUGUCCUGCCUUCAGGUGCUUUGGAGAAUAGCUUGACUCCCUCUUCUUUGUGGCAGCCCCUGAGGUAUUAGAGCACUACUAUCUUGUCACCCCUAGUCCUUCUUUUCAUUAAGCUAGACAUACCCAAUUCCUGCAGCCGUUCUUCAUAUGUUGCUCUUCUCGGCACUCUUUCUAGAGUCUCCACAUUUUUUUUACAUCGUGGCAACCAAAACUGAAUGCAGUAUUCCAAGUAUGGCCUUACCAAGGCAUUAUAAAGUGGUAUUAACGCUUCACGUGAUCUUGAUUCUGUCCCUCUGUUUAUGCAGCCUAGAACUAUAUUCCCUUUUUUGGUGAAAUAUAAGCCACACUGCUGGCUUAUAUUUAAAUUGUUGUCCACUAGGACUCCAAGAUCCCUCUCACAGUUAGUACUAUUGAGCGAGGUACCACAUAUAUGGUACCUGUGCAUUUUGGGUGUGGGUUUUUUUUGCCUAAAUGUAGAACCUUACUUUUUUCACCAUUGAAUUUCAUUUUGUUAGAUAGCACCCAAUGUUCAAGUCUGUCAAGAUCCUUCUGUAUCUUAAGCCUAUCUUCUGGAGUGUUGGCUAUUCCUGCCAGCUUGGUGUCAUCUGCAAAUUUGAUGAGUUCCCCAUCUAUCCCCUUGUCCAAGUCAUUGAUGAAGAUGUUGAAGAGUACUGGGCCUGAAACAGAGGCUUAGGGUACUCCACUGCAUACUUCCCUCCAUGUAGUUGCAGUUCCAUUGAGGACUACCUGUUGUGCGGUUGGUCAGCCAGUUACGAAUCCAUCUGGUGGUGAUGCUGUCUAACCCACAUUUUUCUACUUUAUCUAGUAGUUAGUGGACUCCAAAACCCCAGAGGGCCAACACAAGCACACGUGGCCUUCAGACAACAUACCUACAAGUACUCAAAGGCUAGUACCCACUGUUUCCCCAAUUCUACUACAGUUCCUGUUCCUCUACUACAGAAGCUGAGGUGUUAAUAUGGCUCGUAUUACCCUUGAAGAACUAAAUGAAAUGGAUGAUGAGAUACAGGAUGAAGAACAAGAACAAGAUGAAACGGAACAAAACAGGCUGUUUUCUGUGUGGGAAACAGUAGCCAACACUCAUCAAGUGAUACUUCCUCAAGACAUGGCAGGUCCAAUAGCACAGAUGACUCACCAAAACCAAGCGCGAGAGCCUGUGCCCUACACUGUUUUAUCACAGCAUGAGAAAUGCGAGGAAACAACAUAUGAAGAACGCCUAUACCCUGCUGGGAAAUGGGCAUCCAUCACCAAAGGAGAACCCAAGUAUGAGCAGAGCACCUCAUUGGGUUUCAUGAAACUUAUAAGAUACAUCUGCAAAGAGAAUUCCCUGGGCCAGCACUUGGGAAUGACAGUACCAGUGAUUAACGAGAUCCACCUGAAUAAGGAGGGUACUGAAUUGGUCCAAGAAGUCAUCACUGCUUAUUAUCUUCCUCAGGAAUUUCAGCUUAAUCCUCCCCUCCCCAUGGAUCCAGAAAUCCAAAUCCUAGAAAGAUCACCACUUCAGGUUAUCACCAGGGAGUUUUAUGGGCCAGCUACUGAGGAGACAAUCCUGCGAGAGAUUCACUUUCUUUGGGAGUUACUGGGCUCGACAGAUAAUGUGCUCCGUGAAACGUACUUGGUGGCUGCAUAUCAGAACCCUAGUAUACCCAAUCGUCGCAAUGAGAUAUGGUUUAUCCGGAGAACAGACUGAAAGCAUCAUGGAUUUCUGACAAGAUUGUAAUCCAAUGAAUUCAGUUUAGAUGGCAGUUCUAGUCUGAAGGAGAUGAAUGCACUUCCCAACUUACUCUAGAACUGACCUGAUGACCGAUUCCUUUUCCUUGAGGGCAUUAAGGAGUUGUGCUCCCUUCUAUGAGUUCAGAAAUAGGGAAAAACAAGAACAUGGAAAAGUAGUAUGGCUUUCUAAUGUUCCUGGAUGGAGCUGGCACUGGAAGAAUCAAUGGAUAUCUGCUUCAUUGACUUUGGAAUUUGUCUACGCACAGCUGAGUCAAAAUGCAUCAGAAAUUGCAAUUGUUCAGCAAUCCACAUCUGGUAUUUCAAACGUUCUGAAUUCUUCUGGAAAUUAAUUUGGAGUGCCAGUCUGUAGCUGGAUGGGGGCAUAGGUCAUUGUUUUACUUACUUAGAGAAUUUAAUUUCUGGGCAAGAGGCUAUAUCUUUUAGCCAGGUAUAUGAAAUACUUUUAAUCACCUCUGUUCCAGCUUGACGUGGAAUAAUUUCAGAUUUUCUUAACUGGGUUGAUUUGAAUAUAUCCUAGAAAGCACUUCCCAGGAACUAUCUCCCCUGAAGGGAAGAUCUGAGAAUUGGAGAUCAGAGAAAUCCUCUUCUGUUUUUCAAGAUUGGUAUAACACCUAUCUCUCUGUGACCUAUCCGCCAAAUGGACUUGUAUCCAUGGAUGCUUCCAAAGUGAUGACUGCUUUCCUCCUUCAUAGAUAUUUUUCUAUUAAUGAAAGUAAAUGGAAGCUACAGUGAAAAAAUAUAGGACACUUAUCAAUGAAAAACAUGAUUAUAUGGACCCUAGACUUUUUAUUUUCUUAAUGAACAAGGAAUUGCUAUCUAAAAGCAUCCCAUCAUUUUACAAGAUCCCCAUUGAGUGAGCCAUAUUUUUACUGGAAGUUAUAAUUUGCUGCAUUGUUAAAUUGCACUAUGUCAUAUUCUGGUUGGUUGAUUUCAUGGCCAAGAAAGUUGCUGUCUUCUCUGAAGGAGGAUAAUAGCACAGAGCAAUUGUGAAAUAAAAUCUAGCUCAAACCUU